GCAAAAAUCAUAAAAACCAAUAAAAAAUGAAAAAAUGAAAGCACAGAGCAUUUUGUUGGUUAUUAUACUAGCCCUAGCAACCUACGCUGCCUUCAUUUCCUUGAAACAGCCCGACCGGUACUUGGGAAGCGUCGUCUACGACGUCCACGUCAUCAACGGCUUCUCCGACAACUCGUCGAUGCCCUUGGUCGUUUGGUGCUCCUCGUCCGCCGACGACGACAUUGGUGGCCGGGCGCUCCAGGAGGGAGAUGAGUUUAGCUGGAGCGUAAAAACCAUUUUCUGGGCGAACAUCAAGUUCCGUUGCACCAUGAAGUUUGAUCGGCGCCGGCGACGGUUCGAAGCGUUCCGGCGGAGCCGAGACGUGGAGCGCUGCAAUCCGACGCGGCAUUGCUUCUGGUUGGUGAAGAAAGAUGGGUUCUAUUUUGGCAAUGAUGGAAUCAAUUGGAGGAAAGAUUUUUCUUGGACUAUGUGAUUUGAGAGCUGAGAACUUUAAGGUUUUUUUUCGAUCGUUAGUUUUCUUCGAUUCUCUGUACGCUUUAGUUCCUCGAUCGUUUUUGUUAUGUAGAGCCGAGCCUAGACGGAAGUUUUAGUAAUAUAAUAUUUCAAUCGGGAGAUGUAUUUUUGUUUAUGUUCAAUCAACCUUAAUGAGUUUAAUUUAAAUUUUAUCUUC